AUGGGAAGCGAACGGAGCCCGAAGGAGAAGAAGAGAAGCAGAGCACGGAGCGAAGAUCCAUCGUCUUCCGAAAACGAAGGGAAAGUCAAGAGGCAUCGAGGAACAGAGAAAGAUGAUGAAAAGAGAAGUAGGAGAAGCGAAAAGAAGAAGGAGAAGAAGUCUCAUCGAUCGAGUUCAUCAAAGAGGUCGAAGGAUGAUAAGCCGAAAAAGAAACACGCAGAAGGCGACCACAAGCUGAAAGAGGGGAUCCCAGAGCUAUCAAGUGAGGACUACUUCUCCAAGAACAACGAGUUUGCGACGUGGCUGAAAGAAGAAAAGCGCACUUACUUCAAUGAUCUCACUACCGAAUCUGCGCGGGAGUUGUUUUCCCGUUUUGUCAAGGCAUGGAACAGAGGGAGACUCGAGUCCCGAUACUACGAAGGGAUCUCCACUGCCCCACGAACAGCUCACAAUUGGAAGAUCAAGCAGAGGUGA